AUGGUGAAGGCAGAUUUUGAUCGGGAUUACUAUGCUGAUCUCGAGAUUGAGCAAGGGGCCUCAAUAAAUGAGAUCAAGAAGCAGUUUAGAAAACUUGCUCUCGUAUACCAUCCAGAUAGAAAUUUAGGAAAAGAAACCGAUAUAACUGCCAAGUUCCAAGCCAUUCAAUCCGCACAUGAAGUUCUUACAGAUCCAUUAGAGCGACAGAGAUAUGAUGAUGCUCGAUCCAGAUUCCGCUAUACAUCAGCUUCAGCUUUUAGAUCUACGAAAGGCAAUCCAUAUUCAAGCUAUGGCUCUGAAUGGGCUCCUCCACCCAAGCCACCACCAUAUAGACCUAAUAGAAACCCCCCUCCGCAAUCUGCCGGUGCUGCAAGAUACUCAACUUUCCAAACACCGAAACAAUCAGCAAGCGCGGCGGCACAAGAGGGGCCUGAGGCAAGGAAGAGUACAUUCAAUGCAUGGGAGAGCAUGAAGGGUAACCAAAGGGCAUCAGCCAGUUAUAGAACUGGUUCUGGACCGACAUGGACUACACCAAAAUCAGCGCCCAGGAAUCAAUAUGACCGAGAAGAAAGCAGUGGCUUCAAGAACACUGCGCCUCCGAGACACAAGCCAAGCUUCGACGACUUCAGGUCUGAAUCAUACCAUGCGCGAACCCCAAGUAAUCCUGCACCUCCUAUACCGAAAAGAAAUGGAUUCAUGCCUAGCAACCCAGGGGCCGAUGAGCCAUCUGCAGGAAAGGGAAAUUACUCUACAUCUCGCGUCAAUCGAAAUAUGCCACCACCCCCACCACCAAGAGAGGCUCCGUCGUUUGAACAAGAACGAGAAAAAGCGUACACUCCAGCUGCGGCUCCUCCUGUCAAUAAUAGUACCCGUCCAUCGCCGAAGAUAAACGAUCCAUUACGUGAAUUCAGGACUGAAGAAGAGCCAUCUUAUGAGCCUCGUCUCAGUACACCAUACGCCAGCGCUGGGGGAGAAAAGUUUGAUCCAUUUGACGCAGCCAAUUUAGCAAGGUCGAAAACUAGCCGAGAGAGUUUUACUGAACCAAAAACUAGGAAGCCGGUCCCAAGGGCAGGAUCUGAUCCUGACUUAACCUCCCCAAGUCCAAAUAGUACCCCAAAGGAUACUUCUCCAAAGGAUAGCUUUCCUAGAGUUAGCAUUCCAAAGGAUAAUUUUCCUAGAGAUAGCAUUCCGAAGGGUAGUUCUCCCAAGGAUAGUACUCCAAAGGAUAGUUUUUCCAAGGAUAAUUUUCUCAAAAACAGUAUUCCCAAGGACAGUAUUCCCAUAGAUAGUUUCCCAAAAGAAAGUAUUCCAAAAGACAGCAUCCCAAAAGAUAGCAUCCCAAAAGAUAGCAUCCCAAAAGAUAGCAUCCCAAAAGACAAUAUCCCAAAAGAUAAUAUUCCGAGGGAAAAGAUUCCGAGGAAUCAUGUUCCAAAGGAUAACAUUAAAAAGGACAGUACUCCAAAACCAGCGCAGGCUUUCGCAACGUCGCCCGAUUCAUCAGAUUCCGGGAAUGCCCCUGAGAUCAACCCCCAGAGACCGCGGGUUUUUGCCAAACCUAGGAAACCUACCUCGGCCCAAGAGCAAAGACAGCCAGAUACUGCUCCACCAGAAACAUCAAAACAAAAUGGACCUGCAGCCCAAGAAGAGCCUAAACGCCAAGAUUCAAUGUAUGAUACAUCUUCUAAGUACACUGCUUCUAAUCCCAAGGAGCCGUUUCAUCAUCUCAAGCAUGCAUCAUUUCCUGGGACCCCUCUGCGCCUGCCCCCUUCAUACUCCAAAAGCAUGCAGGAUGCAUACAGAGAAAAGUAUCCUGGAUCUUCUAUUACUUCAAGGGGGCAUCACGCUGCAUCACCUCCUAGUGGAGGUUCUUCUCAUUUUUCGAAGGAUUUUCAACAAGGCCAGAAGGAUAACUUGCAUCACAAGAGCGGCGUAUUCACUCACAGCAUGAAUACUUUCGAGGCUGCUCAACACAACCUCGUCGACCGAUUGGUAGCCAAUAAGGAGCGGGCCCAGAAUCUCCAUCAAAAUGGUCAUGUGAAGUCAGUCAAGAGUGCCAACUACCAGGUCCGCAAUGACAAGGCUAUUUAUUCGUUCAAAGCAACGUCGGCCGAAACAAGUAACUUCAUCAAAAGACCAACUUCUGUCACUAGAUCUCAUUCUGCAUUUUCAGCUGGCGAUUCUCGUUUGAAUUCUUUGUUAUUGGAUAAGUUAAAUGCACAUGCUAAUACCAAUUCUCAAAACAGCUUUUCUAUGAAAUUAGAUGAUGAAACAUUCUCUCCCACUCAACCAAAAAUUAAUACCACCUUUUCCUCCGCGGAUUGGCUUCCAAAAUUUGAAGCUGGUGGUGAUUAUUUUGUACCAGAGCGGAAAACCACUCAGAUUCCACUUCACUCUCGGUUCCGCGCUCAGUCAGCAAGCCGACCAAGAGCUCGUUCUCCUGUUAAAAGCCGCUCCGCUGAUUCGAAACCUUUCCCAACGCGAAAACUGGACUCAGAUACACCAAUCGAAUCUCCUGGUGGCACCAGGUUUUCUCCGAAGGAUUGGGAAGAAACAUUCAAACCUCAAACAUUCGCUCCCCCAUCAAUCCCAUCGCCUAUUAAACCUUCUCUCCCUCCACGAGUCGGGUCUCGGAGGCCAAGAUUGCCUAUUCCCAGACCUACUGUUGGUUCUGCUGCUGUGUUUAAUGAGGAUGAUAGCUCAGAUGAUAAGCCACUCUUUGCUGGCAGGAACUCAAAAGCUCCAAAACCUCCAGCUAGUCCAGAUGCGAUGGAUGUUGAUUCUCCUCCCCCAGCGACACCAGCUCCACCACCACCAGCUCCACCACCACAGGCCUCCCAAGCAAAAGCUUCACCGCCACAGCCUUCCCCAGCAAAAGCUUCACCACCAAGGGCUAGUGCUGGACUGAAGAUCAACACCGACCAACUCAAGAGAUCUGCAGCCUCAUCUCAAUCUCCAGUCGAUGCAGAAGGCUUAGGGGUCGAUUUCCAUGAUUUAGACAUUGAAGACCUUCUUUCUUCCCUCAAUUUACCAACGCCUCCCACUGCCCCAAGAUAUUCCCAUGAAUCAUACACAGCACUGUCACAAGGUAUCUAUUUAUCUUCAUUUACAGCUUACAUGGGUGACUGGGAUUUCUUUGCCAAACGUAUGUUACUACAUCUCCUUGCACGCAAGAACCAAAACGAUGGGCUAGGAUCGAAUCGGUGGGAAAAUCCUCAGGGUUUGGAUAUUUACAGACGUGGUCUCAAAGAGGAUGGAGCAGUUAUGAGUCAUUGGGUUGCGGCCGUAGCAAGUCAUGAUCAAGCUAUGAAAGAAUUUGCUAUUAAUAAAGAGCGUUUCGAUAUAGCGGACGGCAGAGAUAGGGAACGGCCAAGGAAGAAGACACAUUGA